CAUGACCGCAGCCACUGAACUGCAAGCACACGUUAAGAAGGAGCCUAAAUUUCAAUGGAGCUGUGGAUAUGGACAUGGCAGGUAUCCUGCCUGGCGCUCAUCGCGUCUGUGAUGGAUGUAGUUCUGGCACAGAUUCGUUAUACGAUCCCAGAGGAACUGGAGCACGGGGCUUUUGUUGGAAAUAUUACGGAGGAUCUGGGACUAGACACCAGCAAGCUCUCAAUCCGCCGGUUUAGAAUAGUCUCAGGCGCGAAACGGCAAUAUUUAGAGGUGAAUUUAGAAAACGGGGUUUUAUUUGUCAAUGAAAUAAUUGAUCGAGAAGAGUUGUGCGAACAAAAUACAUAUUGUUCAUUCCAUCUCCAGGUUGUGAUCGAAAACCCAUUAGAAUUGUAUAGGGUGGAAGUUGAAAUAUUAGAUGUCAACGACAACUCUCCGGUUUUUCCAUGGAGUGAAUUUAACCUGGAUAUCUCCGAAUCGGCCGCGCCUGGAUCGCGUUUCCCACUGGAAAGCGCGCAGGACCUGGACGUCGGUGACAACUCUCUGCGCUCUUAUCUGCUGAGCGUAAACGAACACUUUUUCCUGGAUAUCCAAACGCGCAGCGACGGCAGUAAAUUCGCAGAACUGAUCCUCGAAAGUCCGCUGGACCGAGAGCAGCAGAAGACUCACCUGAUGGUUCUAACAGCGGUGGACGGAGGCUCGCCGGAAAGAUCUGGCACUGCGCAAAUAAACAUAACGGUGCUGGAUGCCAACGACAACGCGCCUGUUUUCGAUCAGAACUUUUAUAAAGUGAGGCUGGCUGAAAACGCACCGCGAGGCACAGUGGUGAUAAAACUAAACGCCACUGAUCUAGAUGAAGGACCCAAUGGAGAAAUCACGUACUCUUUUAGCGGCCACGCUCCAAUGAGAGUGCGCGAGCUGUUCAGCGUGGAUUCCCGCACUGGAGAAAUCAAAGUAAAGGGACUUAUAGAUUAUGAAAAGGCACGGAUGCACGAGAUUUAUGUACAAGCCAAAGACAAGGGACCGUCAGCGGUGGCGGUGCACUGCAAAGUUAUGGUUAACAUCAUAGACGUCAACGACAAUCUUCCAGAAGUGAUUCUUACAUCAGUAUCCACGCCAGUUCAGGAAGACGCGCCACCUGGCACAGUGAUAGCAGUCAUUAGCGUUAUGGAUAAAGAUUCUGGGGAAAACGGAAAUGUUGAUUGUGAAAUUCCUCAUCAUGUUCCCUUUCAGCUACAUUCAUCUUUUAAAAACUAUUACACGUUAGUUACAUGUGAUUUUCUGGACAGAGAGACUAUUUCAGAGUAUAACAUCACUCUCACGGCGCGUGAUAUGGGCUCACCGCCGCUGUUUACUAGGAAAACAAUUUUAGUGCAAGUGUCUGACAUAAACGAUAACGCGCCGCGUUUCAAACAGCCCUCCUACACGGUCUACCUGACCGAAAACAACGCGCCAGGAGCCUCGAUUUGCACCAUCACCGCACAAGACGCAGACGCGGAUCAGAAUUCCUACUUAUCCUACUGUAUUCUAGAAAACGACAUCCAUGGAAUGCCAGUAUCCACCUACGUGUCCAUCAACUCAGAUAACGGCAACAUUUACGCACUGCGUUCUUUCGACCACGAGCAGCUCAGAAACUUUCAGAUCGUGGUUCAAGCCGAAGAUGCCGGUUUCCCGCCUCUCCGCGCGAACGUAACAGUCAACGUGUUUGUUUUGGACCAGAACGACAACCCUCCAGUCGUUGUAUCCCCGUUGCCCGAGAACGACACCGCAGCGGUUGUAGUUGUCCCCAGAUAUGUUGAUGCCGUGUACCUAGUGGCUAAAAUCACCGCCAUGGACGCGGACGCCGGGCAAAACUCGCGUCUCUUUUAUGAAGUCCUCCAAGCUACAGAUCUCAGUUUGUUCAGUGUUGCCCUGUACACUGGAGAGAUCAGGACAAAUCGCCGGCUGAUGGACAACGACCCCAGGAGACAGAGGCUGGUGGUUUUGGUCAAGGACAACGGUCAGCCGCCGCUCUCGGCCACGGCCUCCAUCAUGUUGUCAGUUGUUGACAGCGUGCCAGGAUCCUUGUCUGAUUUUGGUGACCUCGCGCUCAGCCCCCAGUACCGGUCAAACCUCACGCUGUAUUUAAUCGUAUCUCUGGGCGCCGUUUCAUUCACUUUUCUUGUGGCUAUUAUUGUCCUGGCUACAAUUAAGGGAUUGAAGGACAUUAACUCGUGCUGUGGAUUUCAUUCUAAGGACUCCGCCAGUGACGUAAUUAAAAAAUCUAACUUGAACAUUCACUUAUCACCGGGAUCAAAGGGAGCCGCGCACUGCGUGGAAGUAAACGAGAACAACCCAGUAGGUAAAAACUACUGCUAUAAAAUGUGUCUGACUCCAGAGUCAUCUAAAAGUGACUUCAUGUUCCUCAAGCCUUGUAGCCCGACAGGAGCAUCUUCCCGAAAUAACAUAAAGGAAAUGGAAAUGGAAAACAAAAAUUUGACCUGGAGCCCAGCCAGCCACAGUCAUGGUACAAUGAAUGGGACGACCUCCCCAAAUGAACUUAAACAGGGAAACAAAGACCGAACCCUGACCAAGAACCAGCUCAAUUAUGCCUAUAAAAGCUGA